AUGGCUAAAUACAUAGGUCCAUGCUUGCUCCUUGUAACGACUGUGAUAUGCAUGGUCAUUGCCGUAUCUUCGGCGCGAGAUGUCCGAAGUAUGACAGAUUUAGAGAUGGCCGGUACUCACCAUCAUGGCCAUCAUCAUGAACACGGCGGAGGUCACGAACAUCAUUCGCAUCAUUUUGGAGAACAUGGUGAAAAAGGUCACAAGGGCCAUAAAGGUCAUCAUCAUCACGAAAAGGGAGAACAUGGUCACCAUGGCAAAGAACAUCAUGAAGGUCACCAUCACGAGCAUGGCGGCCACAAGAAAGGUCAUCACGAUGAGCAUGACGAGCACGGUAGUCAUCACGAGCACGGACACGGACAUAAAAAAUCGAAAUUUGGCCAUGGAAAAGGCCAUAAGAAGGGCGAGAAGACUCACGGUUAUCACCAUAAAUCACACAAAGAUGAAUUCCACAAAGAACACAAAUUCUACGAUGAUUUCCACAAAGGCGGUCACCAUGAGAAACAUGGCGAUCAUCACGAGCAUCAUCACGGAAAGGAAGGCCAUCAUAAGAAAGGUGGGCAUCAUCAUUCCGGCCAUCAUGAGGAUCAUCAUGGUAAAAAAGGUCACCAUGAUAAAGGGCAUUACGAUGAGGAUCAUCAUGGUCAUCAUGGCAAACAUGGUCACGAAGAACAUCAUCAUCAUCAUGAGGAUUACGGAAAGAAGAGCGAACAUCAUGGAGGCAAAAAGCAUGGUUUUUCGAGCGGUCAUCAUGGUCAUCAUCAUUAA